AUGCCUAUCAAACGCACCCUCAACGUCGUGGGCGCCCACUGCGCCGGCGAAGUCUGCGACGUGAUUGUCGGCGGCGUUCUCCCGCCCCCCAACUGCAGUAGCAUGUACGAAACCCUCGUCCACUUUCGCGACAACGCAGACGAAAUCCGGCAACUUCUCUUAAAUGAACCCCGCGGCCGACCGGCAAUGUGCACGAAUCUAAUCCUCCCACCCUGCAACCCCGCCGCAGACGCCGGGUUCCUGAUCAUGGAGAGCGAGGAAUACCCGCCCAUGUCCGGGGGCAACACAAUCGCGGUUGCGACAGUUCUUCUUGAGACAGGGAUGGUGGAAAUGAAGACGCCAAUCACAGAACUGGCGCUCGACACGCCGGCUGGAUUGGUGACGGUCACGGCGGAGUGCGAGGAGGGGAAAUGCAAGAGCGUCUCGUUCGACAAUGUCCCCGCGUUUGUGUUCAAGCUGGAUCUGGAAGUCGAUGUUCCGGGCUUGGGGGUGAUCAAGGUCGACGUCGCCUGGGGCGGGAUGAUCUACGUGCUUGUCGAUGUGGCGGCCGUAGGACUGAGCAUCGAGAACAAGCACGGGCCGAAACUCAUCGAGGUCGGCGAGCGGAUCAAACAGGCUGUCCAACGCGUAUAUACGCCCGUGCACCCGGAGAACCCAGAUAUCCGAGGCGUCAGCAUCCUAGAGUUCACCGAGCCGAUGCAGCUGCAGAACGGUCACAAGUACGCCGUCAACACCGUCGUCGUCUCCCCCGGCCGCUUCGACCGCUGUCCCUGCGGCACGGGCAGCUGUGCGCGGAUGGCUGUUUUACAUGCGAGGGGUCAGCUGGGUGUUGGCGAGGUCUUUCAGCACCGCAGUAUCAUUGGGAGUACAUUUGACUGCCAUAUUCGGGGCACGGCCAAGGUGGGCGAGUACGAUGCUGUUCUGCCCACGGUCAAGGGGAGUGCGUGGAUCACGGCGUAUAAGCAGGUGGUGCUGGACUCGACGGAUCCGUUUCCGCUUGGUUUCAGGGUUGGUGAUCAGUGGCAUGUUGGGGAUGGGAAUUGA